AUGGGGUCUCCCCUGCUAAAGUCCUGCCCCCAGAGCUUGGUGACCUUCCCUGAUGUGGCCAUGAGCUUCUCCCCAGAGGAGUGGGCAUACCUGGACGUUUCUCAGAAGAAGCUCUACAAAGAUGUGAUGCUGGAGACCUACGAGCACCUGCAGGCAGUAGCAGGGUAUUUUGGGGUAAAGCCUGCGCUAAUCACCUGGUUAAAAGGAGGAGUCCUGGGGAGGCCGCCACGAAGCCUGUUUGCCGCAGAACUCAAGCCAGAAAUCCAUCCUUGUCCCUUCUACUCUCUUACCUUCUUCAACAAGAACUUCCUCAGUCAUCACAUGAAACAAAGUCAUUCCUCUUGGAUCCUCCUGGGAACAUCUGCAAGAAAGCACCCUCAAUCAGAGAAUUCCCGUCCAUGUGAUCAGAACCAAUGGUGCCAGCAUUCAAAGAAUGACACACUUGAAAGUCAAAAGCAUGAAGAAAGCUCCAUACAUUUGGCUAGUAGGAUGAAGCAUAGAAGAAAUUCAACAGUGUUUCCUAGACUGAUGAACAGCCAAGUAGGUAGCGCUGGUAAACAGAUGACAAUGGAGGAAGACAUUAACACAAGCCUGAAAGAAAAUCCAAAGGACACAGGUGGACAAGUUCCAGAGAUAGACUUGCCAAUAAUUUUAAGAGACAAGUAUGUAAGGCCUGAGCAAGGCUUCAAUGAUGGAUCAUAUAUCAUCACACAUCAAAUGACUCACACAGAGGAGAAGCCCCAUGUUUGUAGAGUGUGUGGCCGAGGCUUUGGUCAGAGGUCAAGUCUCAUCACACACCAGAGAACACACACAGGGAAGAAGCCCUAUGUUUGCAGGGAGUGUGGGCGUGGCUUCAGUGUGAGGUCACAUCUCAUCACACACCAGAGAACGCACACAGGGGAGAAGCCCCAUGUUUGCAAGGAGUGUGGGCGUGGCUUCAGUGUGAGGUCAGGUCUCAUUAUACACCAGAGAACACACACAGGAGAGAAGCCCUAUGCUUGCAAGGAGUGUGGGCAUACCUUCAGUCAGAGAUCAGAUUGUGUCCAGAAGGUCCAGGGACGAGACGCCAUCGACAAAUGCCUCUUCAUGUCCGAGAUAUCACCUGCACCCCAGGUGAAGCCUGAAGCAAGGCCUAGAAGCAUCAAUAUUAUUGGUUAA